AAGAGUAGGUUUGUCUAGAUACUAUAAUUGGAAUUUCUUUUUGAAUUUCGGAGGCACUGUAGAGUUGACUGUAGGAAAGUCAGUCGUUACCUACUGUGAACUUAGAGCCAGAAUUGGGAGAAAAGACAGCUUGACUGGAAAAAAUCCUACAAAUGAAGAGAAAAGCAGCACUAAAGAAGAAGAAUAGCUCAGAAAUAGCAACAGAUGGUCUGCGCACCUUUGUAUCUAUAAACAGACGACAGAUGACAAAUUCUUAAAUACAAUUUUGAAAAGGAUAAGUAAAAUAGUGAAGGUAGGGUGAAAGUGUGGAGAAAAAAAGUGAAGGAGAGGGCAAAAAAACCGAUCCAGGUAAGAAGGAAGAAGGAAGCGAGGAAGAGGAAGAAGCGAAAGAGAGGACAUAUUUCCCAUACUCAACAUCCACAUUAUUCUACUCAUUAUCGGCAUCCCUACCGUAUCAAUGUUGUUUUUUGAAUAUACAUUUAUAAUUAUAUGCAAAUGUUGAAGAGAAGGAACACUUUUCUGCAGGGGAUAUCGUUUUAUAUAAAGUGAGACUUUUGAAUAUACAAAUGAUUAAAUUUGGGUAGGCUAUUUACAGUGUUUGCUUUCUUAUUUAUAGUUACUUUGAUAGAUAGUUAGUUGUAGACUCAUCUACUCAUCGUGAAUUGAGUCAAAAUUUUGAGUUUUGAUUGCUGGCUUAUACACUUCUUGUUUCACGCUUUCUGGCAUAAACUAUGAAAUGUACUUUACACUGGAACACCGACUAGCCAGUUUAAUAGGAUUCCUGUAGCACCAGAAUAUAACUGACAAGAGUGGACUAUAAGCUUCUCAAAAAUGGCUCAAAAACUUGAAUUUACUCUGAACCUCCUGAAAGUUCCCAAGCCAGAGGACACAAAAAGCUGUUUUCAAAAAAUUACAACUGAAAGAAAUGGACAUUUCAAAGCUAGUCUUAGUGCAAUAAUUCCUUCAAGUACAGGACACUUUGAAAAGAAGAAACAAUCUACUGGUUCCAUAUCGAGUGAUCCAAGAAGUAUCUUUUCUAAAGGAGAAAUAGACAAUAGCUCAUUGAAGAUUCCAAGAAAUAUUCUUGGAAUCAGUAUUUGAAAAGUAUUCUCGUCAAUAGGAUAUCGAUAUAAUCUCAUUUCUGUAACAGCAUCAUAUAAAAAAUAUUCCGAGGUCAAUCUGUCAUAUACUUUAAACGGUAUACGAUAGAGCGCCAUCAUUAAAAGUACAUCAAAAACA